CGCAUCGCAUCGCAUCGCAUCACAUCCUCCCUCCCUCCAUCGUCCUGCCUGAACCUUCACCCGCACUCUCCUCAAGUUCGCGCUCCGCUCCGUCCUGCUCAGUCUUCUACCCCCUUCCCUUCACCUCCAUCGCGCCCGCAAUUCUCUGCCCGUCAUUCGCAACUGCCCCCCUCUGACUCGCCCACGUAGAGUCGCCCUCCUCAUCCUCAUCCUCAUCCUCACCCAAGCACAUUACUGUAAAUUCUCUGUCCCACGCUGCCUCGCUCCUCAGUCUCCUUGUCGCUCGCCCGUUCCACAACUCUUUUGCAUCGCCCUGCAACCACAAACCACCUCAGAGGUCCCAUGAUGCUCCUCGAUCUCUAAACAAAACAAGUCACACCUGCACACGCAUCGCAUCUCGACAAAGAGAAGAUAGCCUAGAUAGCGCAAGUUAGCCAAAAUGGGAAAUAAUCCGUCUUCCAACGUCCGUCCGCCAGCGUCUCAUUCUGCCUCACCCUCCCCGAACCAUGAUUCCUCUUCGGAAAAGUCCUCCCGAAGAGUAAUUCAGAACCAGCGCUCAGCCGCGGCUCCUGAACCAUCUCUAGCACAAGCCCGUGGCACCACCAUCACUGCCCAUCGUCCUCGUCCCUCACAGUCUGCCCCGAUCUCACACUCGGGGAACCACCCAAGCCAAAGCGCCCCAACUCCUCUUCAGUAUACCAGCGAUUCGCAUGCCGCUGCUCAGCAAGCAAGAGAGCCAUCCAAAGACAUUCCACACCAACCAACGAAACCCGUUGAUGUGCCAGUGCCAGCAGCGAAUCCCGCCGAUACCUCAUCUUUAAGAUCCUAUUCCCAGUCAAUCGAGCCCUCCGGACCACCAGAUAUGUCGUACCACCUCACUCGGCCUCCUAGGCUACCCCUCCCUAUUGAGGAGGAGGUACAUACGCCAGGCUCGCCAAUAAUUGCACCCGCCGAUGUUGAUAUUCCAGCAUUGGAUAUAGAACCACUCGAUGAAGUUCUACCUCGGCGAUCUUCGGCGCUUAGCAAUACCACAAUUGACGAGGAAGACGCUGAGGAGCUGCGAGUAGAUAAAACAAAAGCAACUGUGCCAACGUCCCUCGAGUGGUUGGAGGGGAAGGGAGGGGAGAAGGUCUAUGUGACAGGCACCAUCUUUCAAUGGAACAAGAAGCACCGACUACACCCAGUGUAAGUACAGGAACUUCACCUUCAAGGACCGCAACACGAUUCUAACAUAAACACCUUAGAGAAGGAAAACCUGGAGUAUACCGUUCUUUCAUUCACGUUCGUCCAGGAACCCAUCAUGUCAGAUUUAUCGUUGAUGGUGUAAUGCAAUGUUCCAAAAACCUCCCAACUACAGUCGACUUUGGCAACAACCUCGUCAAUUAUAUUGAAGUCAGUGCCGAUGAUCUCCCUAAAGAUACUCCAGUUACACAGGAGGCAGCAGGAGCUCCAGUCAUCAGCCCAGAGGACCAAGUUCCCCCGUCCAAAAAACCCGAAGUCACACUCGAAGAUGAUGAUCAGUCCAAGGCAGCAAAAGCACCAAAGGCAAAACAGGUCUUGCCUCCCGGCCGGUAUUCCUCACAAAUUCCACAGUAUCUUCUUGAUCUCGAUAAACCUGAGGACUCAUCAGCGUACCAAAAUGCCGCAGCUGCAAUUGAGAAACUUCCCACCCCACCUAGUCUGCCCGGCUUUUUGGGUAAACCCAUUCUGAAUGCUGCUACUCCAAUGAAAGAUGACAACAGUGUCUUGACCAUGCCUAAUCAUACGGUUUUGAAUCACCUGGCCACUAGCAGUAUCAAAAAUAACGUCCUGGCUGUCUCUGCGACGACGAGAUACAAGCGGAAGGUUUGUCUUUAUCUCAUUUUUGAACACAGAUUUUGGUACUGAUUUGAUAUCUUAGUACGUGACGACGAUAAUGUAUAAACCAACGGGUGAUGAUUGAACAUGACAUCUACUGGCUUUCGGUGACGAAAGAAAGAAAAAUGGUGGCACAGUUCUACACACACGCUUUCUCUCAACUACCUUCAUGAAAUACGACCUACUAGGGAUCGUAACAGACUGUCGCUAUGAAUGUAGAAGUUUUACGAGGGAUUUUACUGGAAUGGUGCAAUGGGAUAUGGGACAUGGGACAUGAGUACAAUUCCAAAGAACUUGCUCAUAUGCAGUGACGAAUGGGUGGGUGACUUCUCUGCAAUUUAGCACAGGUUCAAUCAUGGGGGAAAGGACGCAGGAUAGGCAAGGGGAAAAAUGGAAAGGACAAACUGGGAAUCUCACACCUACUGAUU